AUGCCUGUUCCACCGUCAUUGAUCAUUGUAAAAGCAAAGCAGAUAACUGUGGAAUUAUCGAUAUCGGAAAAUGACUUUAAAGCAUCGUGGCAGUGGUUAAACCGAGUACGUCACGGGUUACAGAACGUUUUGCUCCAUGGCAAAGGAGCAGAAAUGAACAAAGAAGAUCCAGAGCUAUUGGCUGCAUUGAACGAUUUAUAUGCUGUAAUGGAACAGUAUGAUGCUGAAGAUGUUUAUAGCAUGUUUAUAAACAUAUAUAUAAUGUUUAUAACAGCGAUAGUUUUUCGGUUGCUGCCCAGAUAUACUCUGCUUAUGCCAUACGAAGAGGUCAACACAACCCGAGGAAAGAAGAAAGCUAAAGAACGAAUCUCUCAUUGCUUGUGCAAAUGCCACAGGAUCGCACAAAGUUCUUUACAUAUUAGUCUGAAAAUACAAAGAGCUGGCCUGUAUCAAGAAUCAGGAAUGACUUCUGAAGUACUUUAA